AUGGACUGCAGAAUUGGAAAAGAGAUAGGCGUGGAUCCAGAGGUCAUACUUGCAACAUCGCACGGCCGAAGAUCGAUCGACGUACUCAAGAUAUACGAACCUAAACUAGCAAACUGGGAUUGUACGUAUCCCACGUGGCGUUCCCACAUGGCAGCUAAUCAACUUAUAGACAUUGGCAAGAAGGAAGGGCAAAUACCACGAGAAUUUGGCGCCGACGCAGUCGAGAUCCCUGGCUCCCGCGCUUUUCUAGAAGAACUCGAGAAGCAAUCCAUCCCUUGGGCUAUCGUUACAUCGGGCACGCGACCUUUGGUCACCGGCUGGCUGGACGUCCUGAAACUAGCACAUCCUAAAAACCUCGUCACCGCCGAAGACGUCGACAAUGGCAAACCUGACCCCGCUUGCUACCUCUUAGGAUGCAAAAAGCUCACCCUCUCAAAGGAACAACCUUCCAUCAUUGUUUUCGAAGACGCACCCGCUGGAAUAAAAUCAGGAAAGGCCGCAGGCUACACGGUCGUGGCGUUAUACACAACUCACACACUAGAUCAACUGAAGGAAGCUGGCGCAGAUUUCAUCGUUCAAGAUAUGCGUUCAGUCUUACUCAAGUCCUGGAACAAGGUCACCUGUGAAGCACAGCUUGAGAUUGUCGACGCUCUUGUGUGGUAA